CGGCUAACUUGAUUUGCUGAGAAAACGCUGUUUUUAAAGGGAAACCAAGGUUGUUGAGGUCUGUUGUGGGCAUAGCAGGAGGAAGGUUGCUGCUGGUUGCGGGGCCCUGUGGAGCAGAAGAGCCGUGCCAUUCCCCCUUUUGUCCUCUCAUGCCCCCCCCCUGUGUGUUUCCCUGUGUGUUAGUGACCCCCCACCUACCCCCUACCUGAUCCCUCCUGUCGUGUUGCCACUCCAGCCCAAAUACCCCCCCUCUCACCCCAUGCUUGGGACAAAGCCAGCUCACUGCCAGCCCAAUGACUGCCUGGAUCGUCCUGCCUGUCAGCCUGUCUGCCUUCUCCAUCACAGGAAUAUGGAUAGUGUAUGCCAUGGCUGUGAUGAAUCACCAUGUCUGUCCUGUGGAGAACUGGUCUUACAAUGUAACAUGCACAGAGGAGCUGCCACGACCAGGCUUCCCCAAGACAUGCUGUACCAUCCAGGACAUCCCCCUCAUCAGUAAAUGUGGAUCUUACCCUCCUGAAAGCUGCCUGUUCAGCCUAAUCGGCAACGUUGGAGCCUUCAUGGUGGUGAUGGUGUGCCUUCUGCGCUACGCCCAGGUGAUCGAGCACAGCCACCGAUGUUGGGUCAACACCAGCGCUCUGGUGUCCGGCUGCACCAACGCCAUUGGUCUGGUCAUGGUGGGAAACUUCCAGGUGGAUCACGCCAAAUCUCUUCACUAUGUGGGGGCCGGCGUUGCAUUUCCAGCAGGGCUGCUGUUUGUGUGCCUGCAGUGUGUGCUCACCUACCGGGUGGCUGUGACUGCCCUCGACUACUGGAUGGCCCAUUUCCGGGUGGCUCUGGCACUGGGAGCCAUGGUCUCCCUCGUCCUCAGCGGCAUCUUCUUCAUCCAUGAGAGCUUCAUCCUGCAGCACGCCGCGGCCAUCUGCGAGUGGGUCUUCACCGUGGACAUCCUGGUCUUCUAUGGCACCUUCACCUACGAGUUCGGCACUGUCACCAGUGAGACCAUGAUGGCGGGCCUGCAGCAGAGCCACCACCACGGCUCAGGGGUCAUCAUGGGCCCCAGGGCCCGGGGCUCCACGCUGGGCGGGGCAACCAAGGGCCUCAAGUCCCCUGGGGGAAGCAGCACAUCCACACAUCUUAAUUGUACCCCAGAGAGCAUAGCCAUGUUGUAGCUCUGCAUCGCGGCCUGACGGUCUGAAAUGUCACUGCAGAGGGGCUUCAUGGGUUCCCACAGGAAGGCAGGAUGUGGAGGAAGAGAGUAAGUUGUGAUAUCUGUAACUUUAAACCAACACCAGGUCAUUCCAUCCGUUACACUCUACUGGCUUUUUUAUUCCCAACAUCAGUGCAAGCUACAGCAGUUUCUGUAGCGAUGUUGAAAGGAGGGUCGAAUGUGUGGAGCCACCAUGAAUGUUUUCCAAGAUGGCUAGAGUGUUCUCAAAAAUAACUCUGGUGUCUGGGUGGAAAGAGAAAGUUACUUAAACCCACAAAGUUUUUCUCCUCCCCAGACUCUCCCACCCGACGCUUUGUUCGGCCCACCUGUUUUGGCCUUUUGCUUUUCUCUGCACGGCACACUUUUUGAAUGGAAGAACGGUCUAUGUUUGAUUUAUUUUUUAAUUUGUUUUGAGUUCGUGUAGUACAUAGAAAACACUGAAUGUUUGAGAGGUGGGUAGCUUCAUGCGUUUUUACAGGCUGAAAGCAUACAGCCUCUUUGUUCAAUCAAGCAUAAAUUCCGUGAAAAUUCCCGGCAAAAAGAAUCACUGCUUUCACCAGACAAUUUAAUUUGUUUGCACUGAUCAUUUGAAUGCGAAUGCUGAUGGUAUUUUUGAAUUAUUUUAUGAAAUAUGUGUGUGUGUUGAGCCACUGUCCUUCUGGAAAUCAUAAUUCAUGUUAGUGCAAAAAACCCCACACAAAAACAGACGGUCUUUGACAGAAUCACUUUUAGCUGAGAAUCACGUCUUCUCCCUCGCGGUCAUUCUGUCGCAUGAUCGGAUUUAUUUGUACAUUUACAUUUCAAGCUAUCUUUUAUUUCACCGAUGUCACGUCCAAUGCAAUAAUUGCCAUCAAUCAUCAGAUAAUUUACAACAAUGCCUUUCUCAGUGUGUUAGAGUUGAACACAGGGCUCUUUUUGUUUCAACUACAGUGUCAGUAAGACAUUUGAAGUGACCUACUGUUGUAAAAGGAAACAAGCGGGUGUGUGAAGGUGAGGCUAUAAUCCGACUGACACAUAUUCAGAGUAACAUAGUUGUCGUUCUCGCGCUGAUUUGAUUCCAGGCUGGACCCUCGGAAGCCUUAUUUGACUUUAGCUUUUCUCUUGAACAUGACGUGAAGCCUUCUCAGUGCUUUUGUUCACAGGAGAGGUGAAUAAGAUGCCUGUAGAUCUCACAGUGGCGUCAAAGCAGCUCUACAAGCAGACAGUACUGUGCAGGCUGUGCACUGAUGAGGUUUUUGUAUUAUUUCUCGUUGCCAUUUUCUCUCCAGACUGCCACUGCUGACUAACGCCACUCCAUUUAGGUUCGGAUUAAGCCUUUUUUUUUUUUUAAACGAAUGAAGUAUGUUUCAUGACGCACACGUACGCACAGUGUUCUGCCCUCUGCAUAGUGUUGAUAUAUUUUAACCUGUCUAAAACACUGGAUGCCAGCAAUACACGUUUUUAAAAGGUCACAUCACCUACCUCUUUUAUCUUUCUGUGGGUUUGAUGUUGUUUAAAGGUGAAAGCUACAGUUCCAAAAUGUUUGCCAUCUCAGUGGUUUGAGGUUCUACUUAAUGAGAGGUCAGCGGUCCACUGCUGCGUCCACAUGUCUAAAAGAGUGUCAGGGCAGUGGAUGAGCUGUUACACAGGAUGCAUAAUCACGUGUCGGUUUUCUUUAUUAUUUUCUGUGCAAAUGAUUGAACUCCCCAUUGUUUCUGGGACUGCAGCUAUCUUGUUUUGUUCUGCAAAUCUUGCCAAAAAAAAGGACUGGAAUCCACUGAUUGGUUUUUCUGGGUGUCAGCAGUAGGUGUAUGAAUCGGUGUGAGUGUUUGGUUUUAGCCUUAUCCCUCGUACUGUGCCAGGGGAGCAUUGUUCAGAUAGUUUAGUUUUUUUAGUUCAGCUGUAGCCUGUUUCACCAUACUGUAACCAGGUCACGAGGUGUGACUCCAAAUGGCAGCUUGUAUGAGUCCUCACAUCAGGGCUGGGUUUAUUCAGCAACAGCACCUAUACCAUAACAUCUUCCACAGGCCAAAUAUUCAACGGUGGAUUUUUUUUAACAGUGUGUUUUGUUUUGUUUUUCUUCUGUCAAAAUGUGCACUUCGGUAAACUGUCAAAUGGUUUGUUUGUUUGUGGGAGAACCCUGUUUGACAAAAGGCUGCCUGACCUGUACGUGUCAGCACAGAAACAAACUUCUAUAAACUGUACCAGUCCUACUUCUUUUGAAUCUGAAAAAUAUGUAAAAGAAUGCCAACGGAGGAAGAAAUCCAUGAAAACAAGUUGACACAAAUUAUUUUGUUUCCUUUUAUAAAUUCUGUAAAUAUGUAUGAUUUGUCUAUCAUUUAGGUAUUUUCAUUUGACAGAGAUUUAUAUUCAAAUAUGAAAUAAAAAUGAUAAAUUAUUA